AAAUUACUAUGACAUACAUGUUGGCAACAAAAUUUGUUCUCUUUUUGCAGGUUGUGUAGUUUGAAAUCAUAAUUAUCAGACAUAUUGCUAUAGGACAGCAGGAACUUGAAAUUUGGUGAAGAUUGUCUCCUUAUAUCUGAUUGCUUUUGUCGAUCAAUAAUGGCUCGGAAAAGGAAGAAAAUUGGAUACAGCAGAAAAUAUUCCAAAAAACCUUGCAGAGCAGGUUUAUCAAAGAUUGAAAACUUUCCAUCAGAUGCUUUCUUUGCAAAUUUUUGUUUGCUUGAGAAUACCAGUAAUGAUGAACAAGUUACUGAAUGUAAGGUCACAAUUGAUACCAAUGAAUUUAUUGAUUCAGAUGGACAAUCUGCAAAUGAAUUUUAUGUCAUUUUAGAUAAAGUACAUAAGUACAACCCACAGCAUAAUCUAGAUGAGUUUGUUUCUGGAAUUCAGAAUAACCUUUUUUCAAAACUGAAAUCAGACAGUUCAAGUAUUGAGAAUGAUCAGUUCUUUUCAAUUCCAUCCAGUAAGGAUAUUAAGUUUAUCUCAAUUUAUGACAGUGAUGUAGUUAGUGAUUCACCAAGAAUUAAAACAUGUAUUCGCGUCACAGAGAAAAUGAAGUUGGACAUAUUUGUGCAUUCAAAACCCUUAAGCACUGAACAUCCUAUAUGGUUGUCAGUAAAGAAAAAUUGUUAUACAGUUCAACAGUUAGAGAAUGUUAUCAAGGAACUUUGCAAAUACUCUAUUUGUUGGGGCAAUAAGGAUGCUGACUUACAAUCUCUAAAGUAUAACAACAAACAUGCUUACAAGGAAGAGAUCUACAUUGGUUCAACAAUUCGAUCGGUCUCGUGUUGCCUGUUAAUUAAUCAACGAAGUGAAAGAUGCAUGAAUUGCAAAACAUACAGAAAAACACUUAUCAAAAUGAAGAACCGCAAAAGUAAUGUUAAAAGAUUCAAGUGAAAUUUAUAUCUUAUGUGCAAUUAAUGACUGUAUUUUGCAGUAUUUAUCACCAUAUUUCUACUGCAUUACUAACACAGUAGGGGCUAUUUAUGCAUAUUUUUACCUCUUUGGUAAUUUACUUGGAUUAUAAGUGCCGAUUGCAAUGUGUCAGGUACUUUGUUCAUACUUCAUUUCACAAUAUUUUCAAAAUUUUUAUAAAAAUUAGGACGAAUCUGGAGGCAUGCUGCUUUAAGUAAAUUUACAAUGUUUUCAUAGCGUUAUGGUAUUUCAUUGAAAAGUUAUAACAGAGAAUUUCUUCAUUAUUUAACACACAUGAAAUUGUAUGGAAAUUCACAAUAAU